CAUGUUGGGAGCCGCCGCUGUGUGAAGCUCAGGGGCGGCUAGGGAACCUCGGGCAUCGGCGGGGAAGGGCAGGCGGUGUCCGAGCCGGGCUCUGGAGGCGCAGUGGGGCUCGGGGGUCUCAAACCUGCCCCACACUCGCUUCGGGUCCCGGGUUUCCCCCAGUCCAGUUUUUUUCCAACCGGCGCGGCCUUGUCUGAGCGCCUCAUCCCCGGCCUCGCGUGAUCCGUCAAGCCGAGCACCCCUCACCCAAACCCGGCGGAGCGGGGGACCCUUUCAUGCAGAGUCGGUGCUCCCCGACCACUUAUUGACCCCCUUUUUUUCCCCAUGCUGGUGGCCUGGCCGCCCCCCUCACCGUGAGGAGGAGGAGGAGGAAGAAGAGGAGGAGGAGGAGGAAGCUGACCCCUUCCAGCUGGGUCAGGGAGGAGGAGGAGGAGAAGAAGAGGAAGGAGUCGAGCAGCUGGGGGGACCCCCCCUCAGGCCCUGCCAAGGGGAGCCAUGUCGAACAGCGGACGGAGCCCCCUGCCCACCUUGGCUGAGAACACGGAGCAGGUGUGCUGCAGCUCCCCACCCCACCCGUCGUGGCUUGAGCAGGCAUGCGACAGGUUCGUCACCCACGUUCUGCAAACUAUAAACAGAUCUUCCUUCAUCCAGCCGGCCUUGGGGCAUCCAGAGUCCAAGCCCAGCACAAAGUCCAAUAUGCUACGAGGCCGCACCCCAGCUACCUCUGCCGACGAACAGCCGCACAUCGGGAACUACCGCCUGUUGAAGACGAUUGGCAAGGGCAACUUUGCCAAGGUCAAGCUGGCGCGGCACGUCCUGACGGGGAAAGAGGUGGCCGUGAAAAUAAUCGACAAGACGCAGCUGAACUCCUCCAGCUUACAGAAGCUCUUCCGAGAAGUGCGAAUAAUGAAGGUUUUGAAUCAUCCCAAUAUAGUUAAGUUAUUUGAAGUCAUAGAGACAGACAAGACGCUGUACCUCGUCAUGGAGUACGCAAGCGGAGGUGAGGUAUUCGACUAUUUAGUAGCCCACGGGAGAAUGAAAGAGAAAGAAGCACGGGCAAAAUUCCGACAGAUAGUUUCUGCUGUGCAGUACUGUCACCAAAAAUUCAUUGUACAUAGAGACUUGAAGGCAGAGAAUCUGCUCUUAGACGCCGACAUGAACAUUAAAAUUGCAGACUUCGGUUUCAGCAACGAGUUCACGUUCGGCAACAAGCUUGACACGUUCUGCGGGAGCCCCCCGUACGCCGCCCCUGAGCUCUUCCAGGGCAAGAAGUACGACGGCCCCGAGGUGGACGUCUGGAGCCUCGGGGUCAUUCUUUACACACUGGUCAGCGGCUCGCUGCCCUUCGACGGGCAGAACCUCAAGGAGCUGCGAGAACGGGUCUUGAGGGGGAAGUACCGGAUCCCCUUCUACAUGUCCACGGACUGCGAGAACCUGCUGAAAAAAUUCCUCAUCCUCAACCCUAGCAAGAGAGGCACUUUAGAGCAAAUCAUGAAAGAUCGCUGGAUGAAUGUGGGGCAUGAGGACGAUGAACUGAAGCCUUACUUGGAACCUCUGCCCGACUACAAGGACCCCCGGCGGACAGAGCUCAUGAUAUCCAUGGGAUACACCCGGGAGGAAAUCCAGGACUCGUUAGUCAGCCAGAAGUAUAACGAAGUCAUGGCUACGUAUCUGCUGCUAGGAUACAAAAAUUCGGAGCUUGACAACGAUACCAUCACCUUGAAGCCCCGGACGCAGCCCGAACACACCAACAGCACUGCCCCCUCCCCGUCACACAAGGUACAGCGCAGCGUAUCGGCCAACCCCAAACAACGUCGCUUGAGCGACCAGGUACCAAACAUCCCGACCUCCACCUCGUACUCCAAGAAAACGCAGGCAGCCAACGCGGAGAACAAGCGGCCCGACGAAGAGCGGGAGGCCGGGCGCGGCAAGGCCGGCAGCACCGUCAAAGUGCCCGCCAGCCCGCUGCCGGGCCUCGAAAGGAAGAAGAGCACCCCCACGCCAUCCACAAACAGCGUCCUCUCGACCAGCACAAACCGGAGCCGCAAUUCGCCCAUGCUAGACCGUGCCAGUUUGGGCCAGAACUCCAUCCAGAAUGGCAAAGAUAGCCUUACCACUCCAGGCUCCAGAGCUUCCACUGCUUCCGCCUCCGCCGCCGUGAGCUCCGCGCGCCCGCGACAGCACCAGAAAUCCAUGUCCGCCUCGGUGCACCCCUCCAAGCCCGCGCUGCCCCCCUCCGACAAUAACUGUGAGGCGCAGCGACCCAGCACCGCCCCCCAGCGGGUCCCCGGCGCCUCCCCCUCGGCCCACAACAUCAGCAGCACCAACUUCCCGCGGGGCAUCCCCAGCCGCAACACCUUCCACGCCGGGCAGCUGCGACGAGACCAGCAGAACCAUCCUUACGGCCUCACGCCCGCCUCGCCCUCUGGGAACAGCCAAGGCAGGAGGGGCGCCUCGGGCAGCCUCUUCAGCAAGUUCACCUCCAAGUUCGUACGCAGAAAUCUGUCUUUCAGGUUUGCCAGAAGGAACCUGCAUGAGCCCGAAAGCAAAGACCGCGUGGAGACGCUCAGGCCUCACAUGCUGGGCAGCGGCGGCGGGGAUAAAGAGCGCGACGAGAACCGGGAUGCCAAGCCGCGCUCGCUGCGCUUCACCUGGAGCAUGAAGACCACCAGCUCCAUGGAGCCCAACGAGAUGAUGAAGGAGAUCCGGAAAGUGCUGGACGCUAACAACUGCCAGUGCGAGUUGCAGGAGAAGUACAUGCUCCUGUGCAUGCACGGCGCGCCGGGCCACGAGGCCUUCGUGCAGUGGGAGAUGGAGGUGUGCAAGCUGCCCCGGCUCUCCCUCAACGGCGUCCGCUUCAAGCGGAUAUCGGGCACCUCCAUGGCCUUCAAGAACAUUGCCUCCAAAAUCGCCAACGAACUGAAGCUUUAACAGGGGCCCCCAAGGGGACCGGGGGGGGGGGGGGCGGACGGCCA